AUGAGAAACCAAAACAGUCCAUCUUUUAUUCUUACUGCAUUUAUUCUUCUUCUUUCGCUUACUUUAACCCUAAAUCAUACAAAAUCCGAAGUCAUAACCUUAACUCCUGACACUUUCUCUGACAAGGUGAAGGAAAAAGACACCGCAUGGUUCGUAAAAUUUUGUGUUCCUUGGUGUAAGCAUUGUAAGAACUUGGGAACGUUAUGGGAGGACCUGGGGAAGGCAAUGGAAGGAGAUGAUGAAAUAGAGGUUGGAGAAGUUGACUGUGGUGCAAGCAAAUCUGUAUGCUCCAAAGCUGACAUUCAUUCCUAUCCUACGUUCAAGGUGUUUUAUGACGGUGAAGAAGUUGCAAAAUACCAAGGUCGAAGAGAUGUUGAAUCACUGAAAACAUUUGUUCUGGAAGAAGCAGAAAAGGCUGCAAUGAAAGCAGAGGUUGAUAGUGAUAAGGAAUUGUGAUGAUUUGUAAGUUGUGGUUCUUCGUAAUGAGACCAGGAUACUGAGUAGCUCUUUCCAGCACGACACAUGGUCUUAUUUUCCACAUCUUAGCUGGGUCAUGAAGUCGUGGGUUACAGCAGCACGUCUCAUCAUAGAUGUUUUUUGUUUACACCUUAUGACAAGCAUUUAUUGAAUAGAAUGGAUGUUAACAGAGACAAAAGGACCAAUCUUGUAGUGAAGGACAAUUUAUAUCUGGUAGUCAAGUACCCCUUUCUGGGAAUUUUUGUGUUGAUUUUCUUUAAAAUUUCAAGUAGCUGUGACUUAAAAAUUUUGAUUAUAUGAAAUGA